GCGUUCCAUUCAUGCGUGCGCUUAUAAUAAAAAGUCCACCGCGAAAGAACCCAAAAACUCAACUCAUCUCAUAAUUAUUCUCUCGGAAGAAGAAACCAAAACCCAUUUUUGUUACCUCUUCCCUCAAUCCAUAAGUCAAAAAACAAAAAGCUUUUGAGAACUGGUAAAGCUCUUCCCUUUUUUUUUUUUUUUUUUUUUUUUUUUUUGUAUUAAUGAUCAAUCAGAGAAUUUGAUUUAGGUUGGAGGAGAUGGGCUCUGAAGGACCAAAAGCUGUUACGAUUCACGUGACUGGUUUCAAGAGGUUUCUUGGUGUUUCCGAGAACCCUACUGAGAAAAUCGCUAAUAAUCUGAAAUCGUAUGUGGAGAAACGAGGGUUGCCUUCUUGGUUGAGUCUUGGUAGCUGCACUGUUCUUGAGACUGCUGGGGAAGGUGCAAAGUCUCAGCUUUAUCAGGUUUUGGAGUCCAGUGUUGCUGUCUCUGGAGAUAAGAACAGCAACGGAACUGUUGUUUGGCUUCAUCUUGGAGUGAAUAGCGGAGCGGAAAAAUUCGCAAUUGAAAGACAAGCAGUGAACGAAGCUCAUUUCCGUUGCCCUGAUCAAUUAGGCUGGCAACCACAGAGGAUUCCCAUAGUUUUUGAUGAUGGAAGCAUUUUAAAGGCCAAAGAGACAACAUGUUCAACAGAGUCGAUUUUCAAGCUACUGCAGAACAAAGGCUUCAACGUUGUUCAAUCAGACGACGCUGGACGUUUUGUGUGCAACUAUGUCUACUAUCACUCUCUGAGAUUCGCUGAGCAAAAGGGACACAAGUCACUCUUCGUCCACGUUCCUUUGUUCUCCAAAAUUGAUGAAGAUACUCAGAUGCAGUUCGUGCUCUCUCUCUUGGAGGCAAUUGCAGCUACUUGCUAGUGUACUAUGCCAAUGUGUAAGUAUAAUAUAUAUCCCAUCUACGAAGCAUUGUGUUCUUUUGUUGGGGAGAGGGAGGGGGAGUGUGGUGGCAUUGUAGCUUGUGAUAAAAUAAAAAAUGACUAUUGCUUUUGGUUCUGAAACUUUCUGGGUCAUGUAAAGCACACGAUUAGGAAAGAAUGAGCCUCUUUUGUGAUCGUCUCUGUAAUAAAUAAAUAAUCUUAAUUCAAAAAUGUCAAAGUUUGGAUUUUUAUGUUA